CCCGCGCGCUGCGCUCAGGGAUUUGUAGUUCUCCCUGGUCUCUUUGCGGCUCGGCACGCUUAGCGCAAACUCCAUCUCCCAGGAGGCAUUGCAGUGAGCCAUCCAGCUCCCCGCCCCGCCCCCGCUAGAGCUGAGACCGGCUGGCCUUAAAGGGGACGCGGCCUGAGUGGCGGUUCCCAGGGUGGCCCCCGCUCCGGCUCCUCCCCGUUUCCCGCACCUCGCCCCUCCCCACGCUUCGUCCCGCAGCCCCGCAGCCCCGCAGCCUAGCGGCCGCGCGGCUGAGUCGAGCUCCCUGGGUACAAGCUUGUACAGAGCUGGGUGGGGAGUUUGGAUUUUGCAGUGGAAGCAGCAUCCCUGCCUGCUGAGCGGGACCUGGUGGAGGGCGUCCCCACUCCAGGGGGAGCAGAGGACUCGCCCUGACCUAGCCUGGCCUAGCCUAGUCUUGCCAGGCCUGAGCGCCCCACCCAAGAGCUGGCUCGGAGGCUGGGGCCACCGGGGUCCUAGAGAACCUUCCGUAGUCCCAGAACUCCAUUUCUGCCUGCCCCCAGGUUCUCUUCCUCCACACAUGAUGUCAAUAUCUCAUCGAUUAGGGCUUCUUUUGGCUGCCUGAGUAACAGGAUUUCUUGGCAUCCUUGGUUGAGAGCAUAUUAAGUCCACUGGCCUGGAGGGCAGGGGUAGGGUUUUGCAGGGACGGUCUAUAAGGGAGGUUGGUCACAAGCACUGCCUAGGAAAGAGAGGACCAGGGAUGAAGGGAGAUCAGUUUUAAGAGGUCUUUUGAGAUUAUGCCUUGCACUGGCACUCUUGACCAACGUGUUUGCCGCCACCCCCAGACUUUUAGGGACGAGAAAUUCCUAAGGGCAUGGACUUUGCUUCUAAAGUGAAGGGGACUGAUACUUUCUGAGCACUUUCCUGUGCCCAGCACCAUGCUGAGGACUUUAUAUUUGCUUUAACAACAACCCUGCAGGGUGGAACCAGGCCCAGAGAGCAGAAGUAACAGUGAUGGGAAUUAUGUGACCCCAGCUAUAAUGGAGGAAGAGGCUACAGGUGGCUGUAGGAAUGGAGGGUGAGGGAUGAAUUCACGCCUGGAGGUCCAGGGAUAUUCUAACUGAAGACAGGGUAUUUGAGGAUGGGACUUGGCCAAGGUUCUGGACAACAGCUUCUAUAUCCAGCUGCUACCUGCCCCAAGAGUGGAUGAGCGCGGCAUCAUGGACAAGAUCCUGGAGGCGGUGGUGACAUCCUCGUACCCCGCGAGUGUGAAGCAGGGCCUGGUGCGGCGCGUGCUGGAGGCGGCGCGGCAGCCGCUGGAGCGGGAGCAGUGCCUGGCGCUGCUGGCGCUGGGCGCGCGCCUCUACGUGGGCGGCGCGGAGGAGCUGCCGCGCCGCGUGGGCUGCCAGCUGCUACACGUGGCCGGUCGCCACCACCCGGAAGUCUUCGCCGAGUUCUUCAGCGCGCGCCGCGUGCUUCGCUUGCUGCAGGGUGGCGCCGGCCCGCCGGGCGCCCGUGCUCUCGCCUGCGUACAGCUCGGCCUGCAGCUGUUACCCGAGGGGCCCGCGGCCGACGAGGUGUUUGCGCUGCUCCGGCGGGAGGUGCUGCGCACCGUGUGUGAGCGCCCGGGGCCCGCGGUCUGCGCGCAAGUCGCCCGGUUAUUGGCGAGGCAUCCGCGCUGCGUCCCCGACGGCCCGCACCGCCUGCUUUUCUGCCAGCAGCUGGUGCGCUGCCUGGGUCGCUUCCGUUGUCCGGCCGAGGGCGAGGAGGGUGCCGUGGAGUUCCUGGAGCAGGCCCAGCAGGUGAGCGGGCUCCUGGCGCAGCUGUGGCGCGCUCAGCCCGCUGCCAUCCUGCCCUGCCUGAAGGAGCUGUUUGCCGUCAUCUCUUGCACAGAGGAAGAGCCUCCGUCUAGCGCCCUGGCCAGCGUGGUCCAGCACCUCCCAUUGGAGCUAAUGGAUGGUGUCGUCCGGAACCUCAGCAAUGAUGACAGUGUGACAGACUCUCAGAUGCUGAUGGCCAUCAGCAGGAUGAUCGACUGGGUGUCGUGGCCCCUGGGGAAGAACAUUGACAAGUGGAUCAUUGCACUGUUGAAGGGCUUGGCCGCUGUUAAGAAGUUCAGCAUCCUGAUUGAGGUUUCGCUCGCCAAAAUUGAGAAGGUUUUCUCCAAGCUUCUGUACCCCAUUGUCCGGGGAGCUGCCUUGUCUGUCCUCAAGUACAUGCUCCUGACCUUCCAGCACUCCCAUGAAGCCUUCCACCUGCUCCUCCCUCACAUCCCCCCCAUGGUGGCCUCUCUGGUCAAGGAGGACUCCAACUCGGGGACCAGCUGCCUGGAGCAGCUGGCGGAGCUGGUCCAUUGCAUGGUCUUCCGGUUUCCAGGCUUCCCAGAUCUGUAUGAGCCUGUCAUGGAGGCCAUUAAGGACCUCCAUGUUCCCAAUGAGGACCGCAUCAAGCAGCUGCUGGGGCAAGAUGCCUGGACCUCGCAGAAGAGUGAGCUGGCUGGUUUCUACCCCCGGCUCAUGGCCAAGUCAGACACGGGCAAGAUUGGUUUAAUCAAUUUGGGAAACACAUGCUACGUGAACAGCAUUCUUCAAGCCUUAUUCAUGGCUUCUGACUUCAGACACUGUGUGCUCAGAUUGACAGAGAACAACUCACAGCCCUUGAUGACCAAGCUGCAGUGGCUCUUUGCCUUCCUGGAGCACAGCCAGAGGCCUGCCAUUUCUCCAGAGAAUUUCCUGUCUGCAUCCUGGACACCCUGGUUCAGCCCUGGCACCCAGCAGGACUGCUCUGAGUACCUGAAGUACCUGUUGGAUCGGCUACACGAGGAGGAGAAGACGGGGACCAGGAUCUGCCAAAAGCUCAAGCAGUCCAGCUCGCCCUCCCCACCGGAGGAGCCCCCCAGCCCAAGUCCCACCUCUGUGGAGAAGAUGUUCGGAGGCAAGAUUGUUACUCGGAUACGCUGCCUCCACUGCCUCAACGUCUCCUCCAGGGAAGAGGCCUUCACGGACCUCUCUCUCGCUUUCCCCCCCACCGACCGCUGUCGCCGCCGCCGCCUGGGCUCAGUGAUGCUCCCUGCAGAGGACGUUGGGGUCGGGGGCCCCCCGUCACCAUCCCAAGCCCAGGUUCCAAGCAGGGUGGGUUCUCGGAGGCAGAGGAAACAUUGUGUCACGGGGGACGCCCCCACUGCUGUCCUGGACAUUGAAGGUCUGGGCCCCCAGGGACCUGGGGGGCAGAUCAGUGGGGAGGAGAAGGUGGAGAGGGAGGAGGAAGUGGAGGAGGAAGCUCGGGAGGAGGAGAGGCCCCGAGAGCAGGAGGAGGAGGAAGAGAAAGAGAAGGAGGCGGUGGCAGAGGAGGAAGAGAAGGCUGAGAAGGAGAAGGAGGCAGAGACCGCAAGGGAGAAGGAAGAGGACGGCACGGGGCCAGGGAGCCGGAGGGGCGCCGCUGGGGAGGGCUCCCGGUCCGUCCUGGACCUGGUCAACUACUUCCUGUCCCCCGAGCGGCUGACGGCGGAGAACCGCUACUACUGCGAGCCUUGUGCCUCGCUGCAGGACGCCGAGAAGGCAGUGGAGCUGAGCCAGGGGCCGCGCUACCUCAUCCUGACCCUGCUGCGCUUCUCCUUUGACUUGCGCUCCAUGCGCCGCCGCAAGAUCCUGGACGACGUCUCCAUCCCCUUGCUGCUCCGCCUGCCUCUGGCCGGGGGCCGCGGCCAGGCCUACGACCUCUGCAGUGUCGUCGUGCACUCGGGAGUGUCCUCGGAGAGCGGCCACUACUACUGCUAUGCCCGCGAGGGCGCUGCCCGCCCGGCCCCCUCUUUGGGCGCUGCGGACAGGCCCGAGCCCGAGAACCAGUGGUACCUGUUCAACGACACUCGGGUGUCCUUCUCUUCCUUCGAGUCCGUCAGUAAUGUCACCUCCUUCUUCCCCAAGGACACGGCCUACGUGCUCUUUUACCGGCAGCGGCCUGGGGCGGGGCCUGAGACCGAGCCGAGCUCUCCCAGAGGUCGGGCAGAGCCCAUGCUCCACAAAGACUUGAUGGAGGCCAUUUCCAAAGACAACAUCCUUUACCUGCAGGAGCAGGAGAAGGAGGCACGGAGCAGGGCGGCCUACAUCUCUGCACUCCCAGCAUCUCCGCACUGGGGGAGGGGCUUCGAUGAAGACAAGGAUGAGGACGAAGGCUCUCCUGGAGGCUGCAAUCCUGCAGGUGGCAAUGGCGGGGACUUCCACAGACUGGUCUUCUAAUGUGGACUCUUCCCCAGCCUGAAACCUCAGGGGAGGCCUUGACCCCUUCCCUCUGGGAACUGGGUGGGGACAGAGGUGCUCUGCCAGGUGGGGUCUGAGGAGGCGGGAGAGGUGGAGAGGAAGCUUCUGGGACACCGGUCCUCAGCCUGAAGGGUCUGCAGAGACUCGGAUAUGGAGGUGAGCCCCAAGCCCCUGACACUGGGAUCAGCCCCUUUAAGAUUUUACACCCAAGUGUCCUGGUCAACUUGAAGCAGCUUCGAUGGACACUGUCUGGGCCUCGUCCCCCCUGUCUCCCCAGCAGGGCUGAACUCCACAGCUCUAGUGUUUUGGCAUCAAGUAGCAUUUCCCUUUUAGCUCCUUUCAGACAAUCCUAUUGCUCUCUACUACAAAAAGCAGAGCAGCAUGUGGGGACCUGUGUGUCACAGCGGUGGCCACCUUCUUGUUUCUCUGAGGGGGGUUUCAGAGGCACUGUGUGUGGUUGCCUGCACCCGUUGUACUUUUUUGAGAGGAGUGGAGGUGGGAAGCAGCCUGGCACAGGAUCAGAGACGGUCUCCCUCCACACCAAACAGUGGCGCGUAGAGGGGAGGACAGUCCCCUCGUCACAGCGGGAGACCCUUACUCCCCAGUCCCCCUCCCCCCUAGCCUGCCUCAGUGCCUGAGAUGCCACCUUUUGCAUCCCCUUUCUGGUGAAGAUAGAGAAUCCUUAUUUUACUGCAAAUGUGUUUGUGUUGCUCGUGAAGCCAUUGUCCGUCCUGAGGAAAGCUGGCUGGCUCAGCUCCUCAUCAGUUGGCUUUAGAGUGCGGCCUGGGGGCUGGUGGGGGUGGUUUGGUAGAGGAGCAGAUAUUGACCUCAUUGUGCCCUGACACUGCUGUACCCUUCUAAAUGGAGAGGAGAGACUCAGGGUCUCAAACAGGAAUAAAAAUAGGUUCUCUGAA